GGAUUAGUGGGCAUGAGCAGAUUGGACGACAUGGGUUGCGUCUACAAGAAUCCCAGUGAAUCCAUUGAAGCUCGUGUCAAAGACCUUCUUUCCCGAAUGACUCUCAAGGAGAAGAUUGGUCAGAUGACCCAAAUCGAGCGUCGUGUUGCAACCCCUUCCGUCAUUAGAGACUUGUCUAUUGGGAGUAUCCUCAGUGCUGGAGGGAGUGGACCUUUUGAAAAUGCGAUGGCGUCGGACUGGGCUGAUAUGGUGGAUGGAUUUCAAAAAUCAGCUCUCGAGUCCCGAUUAGGCAUACCCCUUAUAUAUGGGACCGAUUCUGUUCAUGGCAAUAAUAAUCUAUACGGUGCCACUAUAUAUCCUCAUAAUGUUGGCCUCGGAGCUACUAGAGAUGCAGAUUUAGCUCAAAGAAUUGGAACUGCAACAGCACUUGAAGUUAGAGCAAGUGGAAUUCACUAUGCUUUUGCUCCUUGUGUUGCAGUCUGCAGAGAUCCCAGGUGGGGAAGAUGCUAUGAGAGCUACAGCGAAAGCACUGAUAUCGUCAAAAAGAUGACCUCUAUAGUUUCAGGUUUGCAGGGCCAGCCUCCACAAGGACAUCAACAUGGUUAUCCGUUUGUGGCAGGAAGGAACAAGGUCAUUGCCAGUGCCAAGCACUUUGUUGGAGAUGGAGGUACUGAGAAGGGCAAAAAUGAAGGAAAUACAGUACUACCAUAUGAGGAAUUAGAAAAAAUUCACAUUGCUCCUUAUUUGGACUGCAUUUCACAGGGGGUUUCAACCAUUAUGGUUUCUUAUUCUAGUUGGAACGGAUACAGACUCCAUUCUCACCGUUACCUUAUUACUGAAAUUUUGAAAGAAAAGCUGGGUUUUAAGGGUUUUAUAAUUUCUGACUCAAAGGGACUCGAAAGGCUUUGGCCCGAUUUCCCAAGCAGCGUCCCUUGUGGUUCAGGUUACCGAAACUGCAUCUUGUUAGCUAUUAAUGCUGGAAUUGACAUGGUGAUGGUGCCUCAUAGGUUCCAACUCUUUAUUGAACAGCUGACUUCUCUAGUAGAAUCAGGGGAAGUACCAAGAGCCAGAAUUGAUGAUGCUGUUGAACGAAUAUUGAGAGUGAAAUUUGCUGCUGGUCUUUUUGAAUCCCCUUUGUCUGACAGAUCUUUGCUAGAUGUAGUUGGUUGCAGCCAUCAUAGAGAUCUUGCACGUGAAGCAGUUCAAAAGUCCCUGGUUCUGUUGAAAAAUGGAAAGCAUGAGGGCAAACCUUUCCUUCCUUUAAAUAGAAAAGCCAAAAGGAUUGUUGUAGCUGGAAGCCAUGCAGAUGAUCUCGGCUAUCAGUGUGGAGGCUGGACAAAAAAUUGGCAAGGACUCAGUGGGCAGAUUACAAUUGGGACAACACUCUUGGAUGCCAUUAAGGAAGCCGUAGGAGAUGAAACAGAAAUUGUUUUUGAGCAGAAUCCAUCAAAAGAGACCCUAGAGCGCGAUGACAUAUCUUUUGCCAUUGUGGCUGCUGGUGAAGCUCCCUAUGCUGAGUCACGGGGUGACAAUUCUGAGCUGGUGAUCCCCGCUAAUGGGAUUGACACUAUCAGCUCAGUUGCAGACAAAUUCCCAACACUGGUUAUUUUGAUAUCUGGAAGACCCUUAGUGUUAGAGCAAUGGCUGUUAGAAAAGAUUGAUGCUCUUGUUGCUGCUUGGUUACCUGGUACUGAAGCUCAGGGAAUCACAGACGUUAUCUUUGGGGACUAUGACUUCAAAGGACAACUUCCUAUGACUUGGUUUAGAAGAGUUGAGGAUCUUGAUGAACCAGCUAAUGGGGUUAAACCACAUGAGCCCUUAUUUCCUCUUGGUUUUGGGUUGAAAUAUACUGAGGGCUGAAAUCAGGAUUUGUUCAGUUCAAACCUUUUACAUG